AUGUGCAACUACAUGGACAAGAAACAAACAUUCUUCCUCUGAAAACAAAAAAAAAAAACAUACUCUAAGCAUAAUUUACUAAUAUCCCUGGCUGAAGCAUUCAUGAAAGUGUUUAUGAAGUGUUCUAACAAAUGCCCUUAGACAUCCUGGACUUGCACAACAUCCCAUUAGCUCAACCGGAUUUUGCACAGCUUCCAGUACAUUGCACUACAUGAGCAUAACAUUGCACACAUCUGCAUUUUUUUUCCCACAAACUUUUACCACUAAUCUUCAUUUAUAUAUUCUAUUCUUGUGUUUUAAAUAUACAUGUUUUCCUUUUCCUGCCCAAGUAGUUCUGUAAUUCUCUUCUCGGUCUAUUUUGAUUCUGUUUUUACGACGCAGAGAGUCGGAAAAGCUUUCGAACGCGUGUUGUACUGUGUAUGAUUGUCUAUGUGGCGAAUUUCAAUUUGAUAAAUGUAUAUAGGAUGCAUUGAAAUUCUUGUCACUAUAACACGUAGUUUAACACGAGACUAGGUUCAAAAUUCUGAAAAAUUAUCUCAAGUCAAACGUGCCGUCAUCUAGCGCCAGUUUAAACGUUCCUUAAGACGAAUGAAUAAAUUCUGCACCCUGUAGGUUUAGUGCUGCGUCCGAGACGAAAUCUUGUUUCUUAGUUUUAACUUAACCUUUAAAGUUCGAUCAUUAUCCUUGUAUCACAGUUAUUCGGCUUAGCAGUCAUUCAGUGCCAGCAAAGAUAAGUUUGUAACCAUAGCAGUUUGAAUGGAGUGAUACGUAUCACUGCAGUGGAACACGGACACUCGUCGCCUGUGCUGGGUGUAGCUGCACCUAGAUGGUGCAACAGAUGUAAAUAUUUAUCACAAAGAUGAACAUAGCUAAUGCUCACAUAGCAUAGCUAAAUUUAUUUGUUUUUUAAACACCCAGCUGGUGCAACUGACCGCUAAGUUUUAAGCAAAGCAUUUCAAAUUUUUGACCACUCGUUAUAAUACAGUCUUCACCAUUAGACUUAAAUGUAAAACCCAAGAUUCUUUCAGAAGUCACAUGGCAUCUGUCUGACAUCACAAGAAAUUUGAAUUGCCAGCGAAGAAAAGCUUAGCAAAACUCAGCGAGGCCCAACAGUACCGAAGCAAGAGACUUUUAUAUUGUAUUUUUAUGCAACAUUACUAUCUGCUGUAUUUUGUUAUGUAUUAUUUAAUUAUAUUGCGCAUGUCCUUAGUUUGUUUUUGAUUGUGGUCAUUGUUGCAAUGUAGGAAGAGGAACUAUGGCAAGCAUUUCACAUCAUUACAUCAUAUGUAUGUGACGUAAAUAAGCUUGCAUCUUAUAGUUGUACAAGUUAUUACAGUUGUUGACGUUAGCUUAUACACUCAGCCAGGUGCUUAGAAAUCCAAAUCUUUUUACAGGGUGCAGUUAAAUAUCACACAUGUUUUAUCACGUACGUACGCUGUUAGCAUGGAGCCGUUCUGUCCACACGAAUCCACUAGGUGAACCUCAACGUAAAACAAACUGGCAAGCGGCUUGAGCAUCAGGGAAUUCGGAUAGAGUUCGUGGGACAGAUCGAACUGUUCAGCGAUAAAAGCAACACCCACGAGUUUGUGAACCUGGUGAAGGAGCUUGCUCUUCCAGGAGAGCUGACCCAGAACCGCAGCUAUGACUUUGAGUUCAUGCAGGUGGAGAAGCCGUACGAGUCCUACGUUGGAGCUAACGUGCGACUGAGGUAUUUCCUCAAAGUAACCAUAGUGAGGAGGCUUUCUGAUUUGGUCAAGGAGUAUGACCUCAUUGUCCAUCAGCUUGCCACCUACCCAGAUGUCAACAAUUCCAUCAAGAUGGAAGUGGGCAUCGAAGACUGCCUACACAUAGAGUUUGAGUACAACAAAUCCAAAUACCAUCUAAAGGAUGUCAUUGUGGGCAAAAUCUACUUCCUACUGGUUCGGAUCAAAAUCCAACACAUGGAGCUUCAGUUAAUCAAGAAAGAAAUGACAGGAAUUGGACCGAGCACAACCACCGAGACAGAAACCGUGGCUAAGUACGAGAUUAUGGAUGGAGCGCCUGUGAAGGGCGAGUCCAUCCCCAUACGCCUCUUCCUGGCUGGUUAUGACCUCACAGCUACGAUGAGAGACGUAAACAAGAAGUUCUCUGUGAGGUACUUCCUAAAUCUGGUGCUGGUAGAUGAAGAGGACAGGAGAUACUUCAAACAGCAGGAGAUCGUUUUGUGGCGAAAAGCCCCCGAGAAGAUGAGAAAACGCCAAAACUUCCACCAGCGUUACGAGUCCCCCGAGUCACGGCCGAGCCUCUCUGCUGAACAGCCUGAAAUGUGAGCAAGCAGCCAGCCAUGGACACGUUUCCGCAUUGGCCAAUCGCAGGAGAGGAGAGCAAAUCCCACCGAACAUCUCCACCUCCACUCCUCGCAGCUUGCAGUGAUCGGCCAUGUCUGUGCCUGCCUUCGCUGUGUCCACACCGCCGUCCACAGCAACCAGUCUGUUAGCAUUUAUGGACUUCUUCCACACUAUAGAAAGCACUGGAACAGAAGCUACUAUGUCAAAUCCUGUAGUACAUUUUGGGGCUUGUACCCUACACUAGAAGAAGAUUUUUAAAGCACUUGCUAGUUUUUGAAGCUCCAGAUAGAUCAAAUGCCAUCCAGGAUAUAAAAGUAUAUAUAUUUUACUUGACUUCACUUUAGAAAGGAUACCACUGCAUGCUGGCUGGUUGAAACAAAUAUUGGGUUAUUAGAGGUGAAGGUUGACCGCAGGGGUCGUUUUUCAACAGUCCAGGAAUGAAACGUGUUCUGCUUCCGUGUACCCAGGCCACAAUGCCAUACCGAUUAUUGCAAUCACAAUAGUAUGUUAAGAAAAAACAAAAUACUAUUUAACUUAUUUAGCAUCUAAUCUCCUUUAGGCCAUUACUGCAGUAUAUAAAUUCUCCCUACUGUAAUUACUUUUUGGGGAAAAAAAGAAAAAUAUAUAUGUAUAGCAUUAAAAUAUUCUUUUUUUUUUUGCAUGAGGCUUUGGAUUUGAAACUUUUCAAUAUGAUUAGUUUUCUUCUAAGAUGGAUUUACCUGUUCAGCAAGGAAAAGGGUCUAACUGGUUAUGUUCAGAGUUAGCCACACAGAAUGCCACACUUAAAUAUCCUUUUUUUUAUUAUUAUUUAUCUUGUUGAUAUCACUCAAUCUCAUAACAGACAUAUGCAGACUGCACUGCUUUUCAUUUUAGAGUAUUAGUGGUUUCCCUUUUUUUUUUUUUUUUUUUGAAUACCACAUGCAGACAUUUCAUCCGUUUGUUUAAACAUACACUAGAUCAUACACUUAUGAUGAAAUGAGUCCUGUUUCUUUCAUGACAUGUUUAAGGUUCUGGUUUAACAAAGUGUUUAACAUCAAAUUUUCAUUCUGUUGCUAACAUACAACGUGCCGGUUUUCUCUAGGACGGUGAGAAGCUACAUUCCUUUGGAUGUGUAUUUACCAGCAUAUAAGCCAUUGGUUAAGAUAUGAACAAUAUUGACAUGUAUACAGUAAUAUAGGAAUGGCAUUUCCCACCUACAGUACAGGCUGCUGCAGUAAUGCAUCAUAAAUAAUAUAAGAACAGAGUGAAGCAGAUGAAAAAUUUGUUGUUAGUGGACCUUGAAAAAACUGUACAUAUCCAGCCUCAAUAUGUUUAUCUGUUAAAAUAAAAAUGCAAGUUUAUACUGGUAAA